UCCAAGCCAUUCCCUCCAAAUCACAUGCAAUCACAAAUUGUUCAGACAAGCACUCGAACCUAGCUUUGUCCUAAUAACAGCCAGAAAAAACUACAAAGAAAUGGCUGCAACACUCUCUCUUUCUGCCUCCCAUCUUCCAGUCUGCAAAUCUCACGGCUUUUCAAAGAACACCCAUCUCCCCAAAGGAACUAACAAAGACAACCCAUCAUCGAAAACAUCCCCAGACAUCAAGUUAACCAAAAGGAACCUGUUGAGUUCAAUGGCUUCGGGUCUCAUCGGAACAGGUCUAGCUAAAGCUGAACCGGAGGCCCCAGCCGACAUCACAUCAAACAGGCUAUCGUAUUCGAGGUUUUUGCACUACUUGGAAGAAGGUGCGGUGAAAAAGGUGGACUUGUUCGAGAAUGGGACAGUGGGCAUUGCCGAGAUAUAUAACCCUGCAACUGAGAAAAUCCAGAGGGUAAGAGUUCAGUUACCUGGAUUGCCGGAAGAAUUGGUGAGGAAAAUGAAGGGCAAAAACGUGGAUUUCUCUGCUCAUCCUAUGGAGACGAACUGGUCGGCUGCUUUACUUGACUUGUUGGGGAAUUUGGCUUUUCCAUUGAUAUUGCUUGGCAGUUUGUUGCUAAGAAGCUCAUCUGGUAACACUCCUGCAGGAGGUCCAAACUUGCCUUUUGGGCUUGGAAGGAGCAAAGCCAAAUUUCAGAUGGAACCCAACACAGGAGUAACGUUUAACGAUGUUGCCGGCAUUGAUGAAGCCAAGCAAGACUUUGAAGAGGUAGUGGAGUUCUUAAAAACCCCAGAAAAAUUUGCUGCAGUGGGUGCCAAAAUUCCCAAAGGAGUGCUUUUAAUUGGACCUCCGGGGACUGGCAAGACAUUGCUGGCUAAGGCCAUUGCAGGUGAAGCUGGGGUUCCUUUCUUCUCACUUUCUGGUUCAGAGUUCAUCGAGAUGUUUGUGGGUGUUGGAGCUUCGAGAGUUAGGGAUCUGUUCAACAAGGCAAAGGCUAACUCGCCAUGUUUGGUGUUCAUCGAUGAGAUUGAUGCUGUUGGGAGACAAAGAGGGACUGGGAUUGGUGGAGGAAAUGAUGAAAGAGAGCAAACUUUGAACCAGUUGUUGACUGAAAUGGAUGGUUUUACUGCUAAUACCGGCGUUAUUGUCCUUGCUGCAACUAAUCGGCCUGAAAUUCUGGAUUCUGCUUUGCUUAGGCCUGGAAGAUUUGAUAGGCAGGUAAGUGUUGGAUUACCGGAUAUACGAGGAAGGGAGGAGAUACUCAAGGUACACAGCAACAACAAGAGACUGGAUAACGAUGUUUCACUCGAUGUAAUCGCCAUGAGAACGCCGGGAUUCAGUGGUGCUGAUUUGGCAAACCUCAUGAACGAAGCCGCCAUUCUUGCUGGUAGAAGAAGCAAAGACAAGAUCACGAUGAAAGAGAUUGACGAUUCGAUCGAUCGAAUCGUCGCGGGAAUGGAAGGAACACAGAUGACAGAUGGGAAAAGCAAGAUCCUCGUGGCGUACCAUGAAGUUGGCCAUGCUCUAUGCGCGACAUUGACACCGGGUCAUGAUCCAGUUUAGAAGGUGACUCUGAUCCCCAGAGGCCAAGCUCGAGGGCUAACAUGGUUCAUACCAGUUGAAGAUUCAGAUCUUAUUUCGAAACAACAACUCUUUGCUAGAAUCGUUGGGGGGCUUGGCGGUCGAGCAGCCGAAGAGGUCAUCUUUGGUGAACCAGAGAUCACUACUGGUGCAGCAGGGGACCUGCAACAAACAACCCAAAUAGCCAGACAGAUGGUAACAAGGUUCGGCAUGUCAGAAAUCGGACCAUGGACGUUAAUUGAUCCUUCGGUACAGAGUAGCGACGUUGUGUUAAGGAUGCUUGCAAGGAAUUCCAUGUCGGAAAAGCUCGCCGAAGACAUUGAUUCAUCGGUUAAGAAAAUAACUGAAACUGCAUAUGAGAUUGCAAAGAACCAUAUAAGGAACAACCGUGAGGCCGUUGACAAGCUAGUAGAAGUUUUGCUGGAGAAAGAGACUCUUACAGGAGAUGAGUUCAGAGCAAUCCUGUCGGAAUUUGUUGAUGAACCUGUAAUUAAAAUAGACAGAACUCCCGUUCGUGAGAUCAUCAAUUCUUGAGUCACUGUAUAAAACGUACAUAAUUUAGGCAUUAUUCUAUAUAUAAUACAUAUAUUUCUUACA